CUUUUCUGUCUAAUUUGAGUGCCCUAAAUCCAGAACUUUGUAUCACAGCGGCUUAUGGAAAUAUUUUACCUCAGAAGUUUCUUGAUAUUCCAUCAUGUGGUACAGUUAAUAUCCACCCAAGUUUGCUGCCUCAGUAUCGUGGUGCUGCUCCUGUUCAAAGGGCAUUACAGGAUGGUGUAACAGAAACAGGAGUAUCCCUUGCUUAUACUGUUCGUGCGUUGGAUGCCGGACCAGUGAUUGCAUAUGAAAAAGUGAAAGUUGAUGAGUGCAUAAAGGCAACGGAAUUACUUGCAAUUCUCUUCAACUCCGCUAUGUAUCGUCGCCGGGGUAGACCGUCGUUGCGGAAGCGUGCCCAGUUGACGCAGGAUCGUGUGGGACCUUCCGAGAUGCCUGAGCAGGCGGAGCCGAGUGCCCGGCAGGAGCAGAGUGUUCGACCGGAGGCGAGUGCAUCCCCUGACUGGAGUGCACAGAUGGCCGCCCUGACAGAGGUGACGAGGCGGCAGGAGUUGUUAGAGAGGUUGUGUGAGAGGGUAGCCCCGCCACAGAGUACAGUACCGAGCGCACCAGAGCAGACGGUUCUACCUCCCACUACUCCAACCGCAGCACUAGCCGCGGCUGUACCUCCACCAGCGGCAGUUCCAGUAGCACCAGUUGCACCUCUUUGAGGACCGGUCCAGAUGACCGAGGUUGACCAGGAGCGGAUGAC